UAGCAAUAUCCAAAAACAAAACACCAAUCAAAACUAACAAGUGCAAAAUCCCCCAAACUAGUUAUCAAACACCGGAAAUUCCAAGCAUUGAACAUAUUCAUAAAUCUCCAUACUUCCUAAAGAAAAGCCAAAAAGUGCAAGAAGAUAUAUAUUACUCCAAAAAAAAAGAUAAGCAAAGGAACACGCAGUCUUCCCUAUCCAAAAAUAUCACCGACGUUGAAAGGCGCGCCAAAAUAAGUAAACUACCAACUCCCUAUCCAAUUGCCCAUAUCCACGUGUUCCCUGCCCCUGACGGCGACACCAGAUCGCUUUCCACUUCCGUGUAGACUUCCAUUCCAUUCCACUUUUCUCUUCUCUUCAUCAUUUCCAAUUUUUCUCUCAAAGAUUCAAUUUUUACCAUCAAAAUUUCCCAUUCCCUUCUUCCGAAUCAUUAAAAAUGGCAAAAAGGGCCGAUCAUGAUCAUGGAAAACAGCAAGAAGAAGAAUCACCCAUCAUUCCUGCUACGACUCUCCGGCGAAUUGAACGGCUGUCUUUUCAUCUCAGCCCAUUAGGCCCAGUUUCCAACCGGGCCGACCCGGGAUCGGAAAUUCAGCUGCUGAAUUGCGCCGGGAAGGCGAAGAAAAUCGCAGUUAAUAAGGACGAGUUGUCGAGGAUAAUGAGAGGGAGGCACAGGGAUGUACAGCAGAAAGUGUUUGAUUAUUUCAAGUCAAGGCCGGAACUUCAAACCCCGAUUGAGAUUUCGAAAGAUGAGCAUAGGGAGCUGUGUUAUAGGCAGCUUGUUGGGCUUGUUAGAGAGGCUAAUAUAAGACCCUUUAAAUACGUGGUUGAAGAUCCGUCUAAGUAUUUUGCUAUUGCGGAGGCCGUUGGCAGUGUUGAUAUGUCCCUUGGCAUCAAGAUGGGGGUACAGUACAGUCUCUGGGGUGGGUCUGUGCUCAACUUGGGAACCAAAAAGCAUUGGGAUAAGUACUUCGAUCGUAUAGACAACAUGGAGUACACGGGGUGUUUUGCUAUGACGGAGCUCCAUCAUGGCUCAAAUGUCCAGGGCAUUCAGACAGUUGCUACAUUUGAUCCGGUGACAGAUGAAUUUGUUAUUGACACACCAAAUGAUGGUGCGAUAAAGUGGUGGAUUGGGAAUGCUGCAGUCCAUGGGAAAUUUGCCUCAGUGUUUGCAAAGCUAAUGUUGCCAACUCAUGAUGCAAAAGGUGUUUCUGAUAUGGGAGUCCAUGCGUUCAUCGUUCCAAUAAGAGAUCUAAUGACCCACGAAACACUACCUGGGGUUGAGAUAAAUGAUUGUGGCCAUAAAGUUGGCCUAAAUGGAGUAGACAAUGGAGCUCUUAGAUUCCGUUCAGUGAGGAUUCCCCGGGAAAAUCUUCUUAAUCGCUUUGGGGAUGUUUCAAGAGAUGGAAAGUACACAAGUAGCCUGCCUACUAUCAGUAAAAGGUUUGGAGCCACCUUAGGUGAACUUGUGGGUGGAAGAGUUGGCCUUGCAUAUUCUUCCAAUGGAGUUCUCAAGAUUGCUACUACAAUUGCUAUAAGAUAUUCUUUACUGCGUCAGCAGUUCGGUCCCCCUAAGCAGCCUGAGAUAAGCAUCAUCGAUUACCAGUCUCAUCAACACAAGCUUAUGCCAAUGUUAGCUUCGACUUAUGCGUUUCAUUUUGCCACACUUCAUUUGGUAGAUAAGUAUGCUGAGAUGAAGAAAACACAUGAUGAAGAUUUGGUCGGGGAUGUGCAUGCUCUAUCAGCAGGACUCAAGGCCUAUGUUACCUCUUAUACCGCAAAGUCAUUAAGCAUAUGUAGAGAAUCUUGUGGGGGCCAUGGUUAUGCUGCUGUCAAUCGGUUUGGUAGUUUAAGGAAUGAUCAUGACAUAUUUCAGACCUUUGAAGGGGAUAAUACAGUGCUACUUCAGCAGGUAGCGAUUGAUCUAUUGAAGCAGUAUAAGGAAAAGUUUCAAGGUGGAUCACUUGCUGUUACAUGGAAUUACUUGAAAGAAUCCAUGAACACAUAUCUUGCUCAACCUAAUCCAGUAACAUCCAGGUGGGAAGGUGAAGACCACCUGAGAGAUCCAAACUUCCAGUUGGAUGCAUUUAGGUAUCGUACAUCUCGCUUGUUACAAAGUGUUGCUGCCCGGCUUCAGAAGCACUCUAAAAAUCUAGGUGGUUUUGGAGCUUGGAAUAGAUGCUUGAAUCACCUUUUAACUCUUGCCGAAUCUCAUAUUGAAUCUGUCAUUCUAGAAAGAUUCAUUGAAGCUGUAAAAAGCUGUCCAGAUGAAGGUUCUCGAAAUGCUCUGAAGCUUGUCUGUGAUCUUUAUGCUUUGGAUAGAAUCUGGAAUGAUAUAGGAACUUACCGCAAUGUGGACUAUGUGGCACCGAACAAAGCUAAGGUAUUCUCCGCGUUUAAGCACUGCUAUCUCGAACAACUUGAUUUUUCUAAUCAAACAGCUUGUACUUCUGUGAUGUCCCUCUUGUUGAGUAGUUACAAUCGGCUUGUAUUGCAGUUUCUGUGUUCAGAUUUUCAUUGUGUAAGCUCCACAUUUUCUGAUGAUGUUAAAUUUAUUUACACUGUUCAGGCCAUUCACAAGUUGACAGUAUACUUGAGUUUUCAAGUUCGGAAUAUUGCAAAGGAACUUGUCGAUGCAUUUGAUCUUCCAGAUUUUGUUAUUCGUGCUCCCAUUGGACUGCAAACUGCAGAUGAAGCUUAUUCGCAGUACACACAGCUUGUUGGUUUCUAGCCUUGAAGGCACUUCAUAUUCAUCCUUCCCUGUGUUUUAUUCUGGGCUGGAGUGAAAGAAGCAGAUUUCCUUAUUGUCGCUUUCAUUUUGAAGAACAUCAAUGAAUAGCUAAUGUUGCUUGCAUUCACACUCCUCUGUAUGUAGUGAUUGCCGCUGAUUCUUGAUGGUUAAUCAUUCUUUACACCUUGAAACAUGAAAGAUUUGUCUAAACAGUCAGGAACCUGACCCGCUGUAAAAAUAAACAAAGUUAUUACAUCAGUAACUUCAUACAGAUUGCUGUCUCUAAUCAUUUAUCGUUUACUGCCAUUCUAGUGUUUGCUUAGACAUAUCAUUCAAAAUGGUUCCCUGACUCGACUUCGCAUUUUGAUCCCGACUUAAUUUGUAUGAAUUGUGUCCCGGUGUGCAAUGGCACUAUUGU